GGGAAGUGCCCCUGCCUGGUCCGGCCAUGGCCACGCCCCCGUCCCAGUCCCCAUGCCAGCUGCUCCUGGACAAGCACUUGGAGCGGCGCCGGACAGAUAUCCCUUUGGCCGGGAAGCCACAGGUGGUGUUCAUGCAGCCCAGAAGCUCUCAGGCUCCCGUGCUCUUCAGCUUGAUGAAUGCCAGUGAGGUGGCUGUGAAAAAAUUUUUACCCAGGAGUCACUUAUCUAGGGUGAUUAUCCGAGACAACCUCAGUGCCCAGCGAAUGUACGAAUUGGAGACAAGAGCAGCAGACAAGACCAAGAAGAAAAUGGGCCACCUCUAUGACCACCUGAAGAGGAAGUUCAUGACAGAUCAGCUGAGGAAGCUGAACCGCUGGCGUCGGGAAGCACUGCCCAUCCAGAGAUACCUGGAGAGCAUCCAGAAAUACCGCAAUGAAUUCAAGCCCAAGCCCAAGAAGCAGGUGGAGACUCUGAACAGCACCGGUAGCAGGAAAAGCAUGGUCAUCGCCCACUAAGCAGCAGAAGAGGGGUCCUGGUCUUGGGGAUGGAAGUAGAAGGAGGAGGAGCUGUGCUUCAGCCUCAAGGACCAUUCUGGAGACGAUGUAACUAAACUGCUUUUGUUCACUG